UAUUCAGUCAUAUGACACUGGAGAAAGAAAAUCUUUCAGUCAGAGGAUCGCCCAUCGCAUUUGUUGUUCUAGGAGGUAAUCCAGCUGUUGUUUCCGAUUGUUUUACAGCGCCAGUGAACGUUAUUCAGCACAAAAAUGCCUGGAUUCAUGUUCAACAUUGACGGUGGUUACCUGGAAGGUCUGUGUCGUGGAUUCAAGUGUGGAAUUCUUAAGCAGGCGGAUUACUUGAAUUUGGUCCAGUGCGAAACUCUUGAAGAUUUGAAACUUCAUCUUCAGGGUACCGAUUAUGGCCAAUUUUUGGCCAACGAGCCAUCCCCGUUAGCGGUUUCAGUGAUCGACGACAAACUGCGUGAAAAACUGGUGAUCGAAUUUCAGCACAUGCGCAACCAUGCUGUUGAACCGUUGUCCACCUUUCUGGAUUUCAUUACUUACAGUUACAUGAUUGAUAACAUUAUUCUGUUGAUUACCGGUACUCUGCAUCAACGUCCGAUUUCGGAACUCAUUCCGAAGUGCCAUCCGCUGGGUAGUUUUGAGCAAAUGGAAGCUAUCCACGUAGCCGCAACACCGGCCGAGUUAUAUAACGCCGUGCUUGUCGAUACGCCAUUGGCCCCCUUCUUUGUCGAUUGCAUUUCUGAACAAGAUUUGGAUGAGAUGAACAUUGAAAUCAUUCGUAACACUUUAUACAAAGCAUAUUUAGAGGCUUUUUAUGAUUUCUGCAAGAAUAUCGGUGGAACUACUGCCGAUGUUAUGUGUGAGAUUUUGGCGUUCGAAGCUGAUCGUCGAGCUAUCAUCAUCACCAUCAACUCGUUCGGCACAGAACUUUCGAAAGACGAUCGUGCCAAACUGUAUCCACGCUGCGGUCGCAUGAAUCCAGAUGGUUUGGCUGCAUUAGCCCGUGCCGACGAUUAUGAGCAGGUGAAGGCCGUGGCCGAAUAUUAUGCUGAAUAUGCAGCGCUGUUCGAUGGAUCCGGUAACAAUCCAGGAGAUAAAACUUUGGAGGACAAAUUCUACGAGCAUGAAGUUAAACUAAACGUAUACGCUUUCAUGCAGCAGUUCCAUUUUGGUGUUUUCUAUUCAUAUCUAAAGCUUAAGGAGCAGGAAUGUCGUAAUAUUGUCUGGAUCGCCGAGUGUGUAGCACAGAAGCAUCGUGCCAAGAUCGAUAACUAUAUUCCAAUCUUCUAAAUGCUUAUAGUAGCUACAUUAUUAUAGAUGAAAAACAUAAGUUGACAUUCCUCCAACUGUUUGGUUGUUCAGCGAACGGCAUUGCCGGGAGUAUUACAGUAUGUCCUCUGACUCGCAUGAUCUAUGAUGAAAAUACAUUAAUGAAUGUGUCAACAAACAUAUUCCCACUUGUUUGUUUUUUCUUUGCUAUACCAUAUUAUGCAAAUACUGUUUCUGUCACAAAUGUAAUAUAUGUUGUUUUAGUAAAGGUACGAAAUCGUUUGUACCUAGCUGUUAAAAUAGUUUAUUAUUUUCCGCUUUUAAAUGCUUGUGAUCAACAUAAGUUAUAUGUAAAUGGCAAUGAAUGAAGAAAUAAAGUGUAGAUACCUGA